UUAUUAUUUUGUAAAAUGCCUCAGACUGGAUGGUAAACGGUGGUUUUUUGGUUGAAACCACCUCCGAUUUUCUUCCCCAAUUCAAUUCAUCGUCUUCCCCUUGAUUUUCCUCACCCUUUUUUCUUCCAGAUGUGGUCGUUCAUCGCCCAUCACUUGCUCGCCUAAUAGAUCCAGGAACGCCGCAAAUCAAAUCUCAAAGUCUACCCCAAUCCGCCGGAAUAUGGCUCGAGUGGGUGGUGCUGGGCUACGCUACCGGUGUUGAAUAUCAUGGUGCUCGUCCUAAUGAUUUCUCCAGGAGAGAGAAAGAGACUUGCAGAGAACACAAGUUGGGCCAAAUUUGAGCUUCCAAUUUACGCGAUCCCCUUUUGAGCUUUCCUUUAGCCUUUUUCAAAGUUCUCGGUUGACUGCUCCACUUCAUUCAUCUUCUUUCCGUUUUCAUUAUUCGCUGCCAAAGCCACCGCCUUAGAUGUUUCAUUUAAACCAUUGAAAUAACUGAUCAUGUUCCCUUCCUCUCCAUUAUAGCUCCCUGCAAAGA